AUCAUCUCCCUUUCUGCACCCCCAACCAUGGAUGACCCCGAUCAACCGACCGACAGCCGCCCUGCUGCGCCCGCCCUGAGCGCCCUGAUCCCGGGGAGGGAGUUCCUGAGCUCCCGCAAGGGGCAGCUGUUGCUGGCUGAAUGGGUGGUUUCAUUCCUCACCUUCAUCUGUUAUGUGGCAUCGACUGCAGUUGGUCUCAUGAUUGUACCACUCAUAGAAUUCCUAUGGGCUCUCUUUACAUUCUACGCCUAUUCUUUAAAAUACAAUGAACAGUUAAAGGGAAUUCUUUGGCCUCUUUUGGAUUUUAUCCGUUGUGUGUCAGCUGCCAUCAUUUAUUUUGUGGUAUCUCUUGUGGCUGUAUCAAAAUACACAUGUGGGGCAUCCAAAGCUGCUGCGGUAUUUGGCUUUAUUGCCACUAUUAUAUUUGCAAUUGAUUUCUACAUGAUCUUCAAUGAGCUCACCAAGUUUCUUAAAAAAGGAGAUACCACUGAGGAUCCAGAAGCACAGAAAUCAGAGGAUGAAGACUCAGAUUCUGAUUUUGACUGACCGAGGGCAGUUACACAGCAGAACAGAUAAACCGGAGGAUCUGCAGAGCAGUUUCUUUGGAAAGGAAUAGGAUUAUUCCAAGACCUAAAACAUUUCUGCUUUCUGGAAUGUGAAUGAUCAAGGUGGUUGCUUUGUGAGCGAACAUUAACUCAUAUUCAUCUACAAAGAAAUGCACUGCUUUAUGAUAACAACCACUUUAAGGAGACUGGAGGUGCACAGACUGCAGCACGCAGUGGAAAAUACUUUUUUUAUUAAUUGCCAGAAAUGCCCAGAGUGUGGGUAAAACCCUAUCAAUGCAUGGUGCUAAUGGCAUACUACUUUUUAAAUGAUUCGGUACUAUCUUGGUGGUACGAGCUGAGCGUGAACCUGAUACUCCUUGACCCCUAAGUAUGGGAAGCCUGUAUUUCAGUUUUGCCUUUAAACUUUUUACAGUGACAUAAAAUAAAGCCUCAGUUCAUACAA